CAAGCAGCUGGUGCACGGCCGGUUGUUCUACGACCGCUUCCCCAAAUGGUGGCGAAUUCUCGUGUGGCCCGGUCGCUGCGAAACUCCUCCCCGCGAGGCCUACGGCAACGUGUGCAUCGUGGAGUUGGCGAUCCUCUACGAGAUCCAAACGCAGACGCGCCUCCCUGAGAAAAUCGGCCCAGGCAAGUGGUGGCUGCCCGAUUUGCACGCGUCGGCCGCCGUGCUGAGCCAGACGCUCAAAGGAAAAGGGCAUGCUCGUGCAGGCGGUGAUCAAGGUACUGGAGCAGCACGGCGCGGGCUUCGCGGCGCCUGCCCGCUGCUUCGCGCGCUCGUGGCGGAUGUUCGUCUGCACGCAGGAGUCGCCCACGCACGCCCUGUCCGCGCGGCCGCAAAUGCAUCCCCGUGCCCUGAGCACCCAGCUUGAGACGUUCUUCCGGAACCCUGCAGUCCGCAAGAGCAAACUUCAGAUGGAUCGUGUUUUCACGACUGCCCCGGGCGAAGCUCAUCUGAUUGACGUCAAGGAGCGCGCCAUUGGCGCCGAUCCUCUCAGCCAGUGUCUUGCCCUGCACGGCAGCGCCCGGAGCGCUUUAGAGCAGGCCGACCUCGAGCUCUCCGCCAACCAGGAGGGCCGCGCCCAGCUCGCUGCUGCUAAACGUGCACUUGCUCAAGGGGACCGCACCGUCUACACGCUGACGGACGAAGGCGCGCUCACGCACCUGAAUCCGUCGCGCGCAGCCGGCCAGCCUGCCAAGCAGGCUCGUCAAGGCAUCGCGCUCGAUGAUGCGGGCCGGCUCCAGGCCAGGACCCCGCUCCAUUUCUGGGCCGGCUCCCUGAGCCGCAAUCGAUGUCUGCUGCUUCUGGCUGCCGCGUGUUCGGCUUCAACACGCAGAAUGCUUGGUGGGAGUGCUUCCUUUGUGACCGUGUGGUCGACACACACGAGCUCAGCCGCUCCUGAAAGCGCCCGUGCCUGGGCCUCGCUGCUGCUGCCGGAUCGGACGCCAGUCGUCCAGGCCGUGCACCUUCUUCUACUGUGUCUGGGGCCCGCAACGCUGCUUCCUCAUCAUCCUGCAGGGCCCGCAAUGGUGUUCCUCCCUCCUUUUCUGGGGCCCGCAACGGUGCCCGCCCGUCUGAUUGUCCGCGAUUGCCAUUGCCUGGUCGCCGUCACGCCAGGCUUCCUCGCUGGGCGGCGCCCCCAACCAAGGCGAUGAUGAUGGACCGGAACCAAAGCGGCACGCUGAAACACUUGGAAGUCAUGGAAACGACGUGCAAGAGCUGAUCGACGGGCUCAUGAGAUGGACAGGAACCAGAGCGGCACGUUGGAAUACUUGCUCCGUCGGCGGCGUGGCAGAGUUGGUUGCACCAGCGAUUGAAGUUUCAUUAUUGGCGUUCGAUUGUUCAGCAUGGGAAUUGAUCUUUCGGCGCGUCAAUAUGUGUGCCGCUCGCGCCAAGGCGUGUCAGGCUGCCAUGCUAGCUCGCAGGUGACGUCCGCCUGCGGUCAGCCCAGUGAAUUGGAUCCAUCUCUUUACUUUCAGGAUCUGGUCGCUCCACCUUGUGUGCACAUCCUUGGCCAAUCGACC